AUGGCUGUGAUUGGAAUUGGUGCAGAGAAUUGCAAUGAUGAAGUUACCCAAUACCAAAUGGGCCGCUAUGUUAGUAGUAAUGAAGCAGUUUGGCGAAUAUUUUCUUUUCCCAUUCAUGAGAGACACCCUUCAGUUGUUCAUUUAGCUGUGCAUUUAGAAACCGGACAAAGAGUGUAUUUUACACCACAGAACACAGUACAAAGAGCAGCUCAGCCACCUUCUACUACAUUAACCAGUUUCUUUGAGACAAGGCAAAACGAUGAUUUUGCAAAAACAUUGUUAUAUUCUGAAAUGCCAAAAUAUUAUACUUGGAAUAAAUCCUCAAGGAAAUGUAUACGACGGAAACAAGGAAAACCAAUUCAAGAAUACCCAGAUGUAUAUUCCACCGAUGUGAUUGGUCGAAUUUAUUCAGUACAUCCCAGCAAUGAUGAAUGUUUUUAUUUACGACUGCUAUUAGUCAAUGUACGUGGCCCAACAUCAUUCCAACAUUUACGAACUAUUGAUGGUGAAUUGUGUGGAUCCUACAGAGAAACCUGUCAACGUUUGCAAUGA